AUGCGACGUAGCCUCAUAUUCACGACAUUCCUGGCCGUUUUUGUGGUGGUUUUUCACGCGGUCGACGCGCGUUUCGAACGAGUCGGAUACGUGAGGUGCGUACAGUAAUCGCCGUUCGUUUCGAGGCAUGUUUCCACCGAAAAAAGAGUGCAAGUUUUCAGUGAUCCCGUCAAACUUUUGCUGCAAGACAGCUAUUCUUCGCUGAAGAAUCGAAUGUACAGCCAAAAGUUGGCCGGAUGGAAGAAACCGGCGAGUUUCAGACAGGUAUGCGCCGCGCCGCUUCAAAAAUGCGUCAAAAUGCCAUAUGCUCGCAUAUAGGAUCCACAAAAGAUUCUCCGCGAGCGUAGAAAGAGGCACUUCGGCUGCCGAAUCGCGCACGGAUGAAAUAUGCUUUCAGUCGUGCGGUAUCACUCGCUAUGCGUCGCGGCUUCGAGUGCAUUGAGCGAGUUGCUCCAUAACUCAAAGAGCAUAAUUUGUAGAGAAUAAUGGUCAACUACAAAGUUGAUCAGCAUAAGAUUUACUACAACUUUUCAGUUAAUCACUUCUUCCUGCAACGCUUAGUUCUUGAGAUACAGGCUGUUGAAAUGGUUAGUGGGUCGUAUCACAAAAACGAGCGGACUUGCAAACAGGUUGUCAACUGAAAAACUAUGCACAAUGUCUUUAUCAAUAAUUCAUUAGUUGACAACGUAGCUAUAUCUUUACUAGAUUUCGAGAUACAGCAAGAUUUAGAACAAUUGUUUUCAUCAGCCUAUAUCUCAAGAACUAAACGUUGCGGGAAGAAGUGGUCAACUGAAAAGUUGGAGUAAAUCUUAUGCUGAUCAACUUUGUAGUUGACCAUUAUUCUCUACGAAUUAUGCUCUUCGAGUUAUAGAGCAACUCGCUCAAUGCACUCAAACGCAGUUCCUACAUGAACCGAACGGCAGCACGAGCGGCACCACAGAAGCGGCGGGCGGCGGCGGCAUGCUUCCCAAGCAUUUUUCUGUGCGUCGAAACUUGUGAUGCGUGCCGCCGGAAGAAAUACGUGUUUAUAACGAUCAAAACGAACAAAGAGCAACAAGAAACUCCCAGAAAUGUAUAUAGGUCAAUAGAGAAAUAGCUUUUUUCGAAAUAUGGCAGUUUCGUGCUUGCUUUUUGUGUCCCUUUGUUAGUUUUCAUCAUAAUGAACUUGAAAGCAAGUGAAAUGAAUCAGUUUUCUUCCGACGGCACGCAUCAGAAGUUUUGGCGCACAGAAGAAGGCUUGGGAAGCGCGCCGCCGCCCGCUCGCAUGCAUGGUCCAGUGGUCCCGGGCGGCGUUAGUAGUCUAGACACCGGGGUUCGACGCCACGCGCCCUCAAAUGUCUUUUGUCAACUUUGGCUGUUCAUGAAACGUUCAGAUCCGAAAGCGCAAGUUCACCGCGUUCCCGCCCACCUUCUACAGCAGUUUCGACAUUGGAGCGAUUCCGUUCAACAGCCGUCGAAGUGUGCUUUUACCCUACAACGACCUACUUUUCUCGGGCAGAUAA